AUGUUGCUUCCCAAAGGCGGCGUGAACUGGAAGUCGGCCAAAUCCAAACUCCCACCAUGGAAGGCCAUUUUAAUGUUUUUGACACGCACUCGAUUUCUCGUCGCAGUUGCCUUGACCGGCCUCAUUGUCUUAUUAUGGAGAGGGAUCACUGUAUCAACACGCGAAAUGUCAAAUUACUACUGCUUUGGGCCGUCCAAACCUCCCAUAGAAAUGUCCAAUAACGAGAUGGUGGCCUGGAAUCAACAUCUGCAGACCCCUGUGCUCUUCAAUCAUCAUCAACCUUACGUGGUCAACUCAUCCACCAUCGAACGCAUUGAUCUCAACCCCAUUGUCUCAACUCCCCGAGCCGUUAGCAACCGAGAAAGAGUUCUCAUCCUUACACCCCUACGUGACGCGGCGCCCUAUCUAAUCAAAUACUUCGAUCUUCUCUCUGAGCUUACCUACCCUCACGAUCUUAUCGAUCUCGGUUUCUUGGUCGGCGACUCCUCGGAUGAUACCCUCGCCGUCCUCGCGUCGGAACUGGACAGAAUACAGCAAAGAACAGACAAGAUUCCCUUCCACAGCGUCUUGAUUGUGGAGAAGGAUUUUGGUCAGACCAUGAACAUGGAUGUUGAGUCUAGACAUGGCUUCGCCGCGCAAGGACCUCGACGUAAGUCAAUGGGAAAGGCCAGAAAUUAUCUGCUUUCGGCUGCUUUGAAGCCUGAGCACGCCUGGGUCUACUGGAGAGAUGUAGACAUUGUGGAUAGUCCUAAAAAGAUCAUUGAGGACUUUGUCGCGCAUGAUCGCGACAUCUUGGUUCCCAACAUCUGGUUCCAUCGUUACGAGAAGGGUCGUGAUAUUGAAGGCCGCUUCGAUUACAAUUCCUGGGUAGAGUCUGACAAAGGUCGACGAUUGGCAAACAGCCUUGACAAAGAUGUUGUUCUCGCCGAGGGGUACAAAGAGUAUGAUACCGGACGUACAUACAUGGCUCGCAUGGGCGACUGGAGAAACAAUAAAGACGAGGAAAUAGAAUUGGACGGCAUUGGUGGUGUCAAUAUCCUUGUCAAGGCGGAUGUGCAUAGAUCUGGCAUCAACUUCCCUUGCUACGCAUUUGAGAACCAAGCUGAGACAGAAGGUUUCGCAAAGAUGGCCAAGAGAGCCGGCUACCAGGUCGUUGGGUUGCCUAAUUACGUGGUUUGGCAUAUUGACACCCAAGAAAAGCCGGGUAAUGCAGCAUAG